CAGCGGCACAGCCUUCGUCCGCCCAGGCUCACUCCUCUCCAACUCUUUCCUUCGCUACCGCCAGAUAUUGUACUCUCUGUGUCGGAAUUUUUGAUCUUUCAUGGUCCUUGUUCCUCAAAUUUGGGUCUUGAUUUUCACGAGUUAAAACCCCGUUUUUUAUCUCCUGGUACUAGAAUGGUGCAUGCCAAAGAACGUUCCAAGCCCUUGAUGACGUGCAUCUGCACAACUCACGGUUGUAUUAUCAUGUCAUUAUCUUUCUACUGGGUUACCGAGAGGAUAGUACCUCGAACCAAAAGAUCGCGAGCCAAACGGUCAUGAGUUACCAGAGUCAACCCCUCGUACAAACCAUUCGUCAUCUCGAAAUUUUUACCGUCGACAGGACUCGGGUGGAACCAUGAACAUUCGCUAUACAUUAUACAACCUAUCUUGACUCACUUCACCCACUUUGAAAUCUCCACCGCACGUGGAAGGAGAAUCACUGGCCUCUAUUACCCCUCUCAAAUGUUAAAGGCGCUCCCUUCGUAGAACGCUCAAACAACCCCGAGGAACCAACAUCAUUUCGAGAUUUCGAAAGUUCAAACCUACUAAUUUCUUCUGUAAACCGUGGAGUUCAAUCUUUCCCUCAUCGACCAAGGGCAGCCUCUGCAAUCAAAUCUCGAUCCUCGCAUCAAGUACUGGGGCUUUGUCGCGUCAAUGAAAGUAAGAGUCAACGAUUGGAAGAUGUUUUAAGGGAUUAGAAGAUUUACCUCAAGGAUUUGUCGAUCCUCUACCGUCAAAGGCGUCCAUCUUAUCCUCUCAUCUGGUUGCGAACCAAAUCGCCUCUUUACCGAGACCGCUGACAUUCCAUAGUAUCCUCCUGCGACAGCGUUAUAAGAACGAGGAGUCGAGACGCGAGCAGUUCUGACACAGCAUACGAAUGUGAAGCUGUUGCAUGGAGACAAGUACCCUACAGGGACGAACCACAAGCGAGCCAACCGAAGCCAUCAUGCUCGCGUCUCCGGUCAUAGAUGCUAUCACCAUAGGUUUUCUGCCAAAUGCAUAAGCGUAGAGCGGCGUGAAUGUCGCUCAAAGAACCCUGAGGAACCAACUCCAUUUCGAGCUGUCAAAGCGUUCAAACCUACUAAUGAAGCGACGUUCGUUGUCGUUAAUAUCGUGAUCUUCUGAGAAUGCGGUGUUCAUCAAUGGGGAACGAAUUGUUGCUGCGCACGGCAGCGAAGAUUAGGUGGAGUUGUAGGCCAAGCAAGGGAGAUAAUCGAACGCGAAUGUUACGAGGGAUAAUCAAUAAAGUUUGCGGAAGAAGAGCGAUGAAGGAGAUGUGUCUCGGAAGGUUGUGAGAGCGGAUGACAAGAUGGGUGCGGGACAGAAAUGACCGGUGCUAUCCUUCAAGCACCCAUGGCAGACUCAUAGCCUCCGUUUACGCAUACGAGAGUGCGCCAGGCCGGUCGUUCCGCUCUACUGAGCAAUCCAGCCUUAUCUGUAAUAUUAUGGUCAACAGCGCUUUCGCUUCGACUCAAACGAGAUGGGUGACUCCAAAAGAAUGAUUCUUUAGGUUUUCACUGGAGGUGCGGAGGAUGUCCUGCUAGUGCUAGCUGCAGUCUACGAACUGGCUUCGGGACGUAUUGGAUGGCAACGUGUCAGGCAAGUUCUCCUCUACUGAUGUCCCGAAAAAGUCCGUCAUGAGCAACGUAUAUCUCACUUUGACAAUGGCCGCGCUCCCUCUCUCAUCCUUCCCCUUCAACGUAUCUACAGUCUAAGUUGUUUUUGCCCUAUUCUCGGUCACUCUCUUCAACACGUUCUUUCCGACCUUUUCGCUUCAAGUGCACAUACAGCCGUCGUGACCUCGGACUUGUACCUGCCAGCGGGCCUUCGCUGACAUACACCAUGUUAGGAAUUGAUGUUCUUGUACUUUUGAAAUGGCCAUCAUUUGAUAUAUUUAUCGAAUCCAUGGAAACAUGAUUGAAGCGUCAGAGCACUGGUGUACAUAGGUUCUCAAAAGGUUACAGACGAGACUGCUUUACCCUUGAACUACGAAAGGAACUAUGAAACCCCGCCAAAGCGAUCUCGGUCCACAUGAUACAACUUAGGACGAACUAUUUUCCUCCCGACCACACGGCAGGGAGUAUGAUCAAUUCAGGCACGCUGAGGACUAUCAGUCUCAGUCAGUGAUGGCGGGUGAAUAUUGUAUAAAGUAACGAGAUGUACAGGCUUCUGCUGAGCUGGCGUGCCAAGGCGGCCUGCAGAAAAUCCGCUAUUAUCUAGUGAUGAUUUGAAUGUGAUGCUCAUGUGAUAUUCGCUUGGACCUGUGCCCAACUGUUACUACCGUCGAUUCCCCGGUCACUUCUGAAACACCCUGAGUGGUAUUCGGCCUUGGUUGCUUAAUUCUAGCGCCAGGACACUCUAGCUAUAAAAGCAGUCAGAUUAGCGGAGUUGUUCCUUACGCUGCGCGUCUCACUCAGUUCUCUACGUUCUCUCCACCGUUCUUUCAUUCUCACUCCUUCGAACUUCUUUUUACCCUUCGUUAUCCCUCACAACAGCAUCAGAGAUGCAACUCAUCCCGUCUCUCGGAAGACUCUCCAUACUUCUGAUUCUGAUCAGCUGUGUAUGUUUGGCGUUGGCUGAGCCAAAAGACAUCGCCUCCGGAGGGCUCCAAGUUCGCGCUGCGAAGUCCAAGGCAAAGACAAACACAAAGGUCAAAGCUCCUCCAGUAGUGGCAGCCAAGCCGAAAGUCAAAGUCACUCCCAAAGUCAAAACCACUCCCAAAGUCAAAGUCACUCCCAAAGUCAAAACCACCCCCAAAGUCAAAGCCACUCCCAAAGUCAAAGCUACGACCUCCAAAGUCACCGCCCCCAACACCAAAGUGGCAACGACCCCCACCGCCAAAGCAACGACUGCCAAAACCAAAGCAACGACUUCCAAAACUAAUGCAACGACUGCUAAAACCAAUGCGACAACUGCCACAGCGAAGUCAACGGAGACAAAGACUCUGCCUAAGACGACUACUCCAGGCAACGCGACAGCAACCAAGCCAUCACCAACUGAGACCGGUGUUGCAAAGUCUUGCCCCAUACCGAAGAAAGGAAAACGUGCGUUCUUUGAAACAGACGAGGAGCUAAACGCGUACUAUGGCAUCGUCCGACGGGAUAUCAACAGGGACGUCAAGAUCAGAGGUCGUUCUAUCGAGAAGAGAACUAAUGUUUGUGGGUUCCUUGAGUUGAGGGAUCAGGAUGUGGCCGACGACGGAUGCCAAGCUGUUCUUCCCAGUGCCUUUGUGAUUGAUGCUGCUGGGAACCUUGUUGAGCAACAAGUACAAGCUCAGCCAGCGGGUACUGCUUGUGACCAUAUCAUCGAACUUCAACUCAUCGCAGACGUGAUGCAAAACACCGGUGCCUGCACUGCCGCUGAACUCAUGCUCAAAGCAGGAGGCUUUAAAGCCGCAGGGGCCGGAGCAGUCUCCUUAGCCGAAAAAAUGAAGGCUCUCAUUGACACACACAUCGUCCCAGUCGCAAACGGCCAAGACAACGUUGUCUUUCUCGAUUCAGGCGUAAACCAAGCCAAGAACAUCUACGUUCAACAAUUCAAGGGGAAAGCCACUGCCCAAGUUCCCCGCGGGGCGACUGUUAACAACGGUGCAAGUGCAGCAAAGCUUCAGAGUUAUCUGACGAAUGCUGGUAUUGUGGCAAGGACGACCGCGGGGGCUGUGGAUCUUGAUAAUGCUAUUAGGAGCUUCUUGAAUGCGGCGAAAGUUGAAGCGACGAACGAGUUGAAGAACAGGAAGGACAAGGCUGGGGAGCAGUGCACGGAGAGGCAGCAGGUGAUAUUUGCGCAGGAUGCGACGACGAUUGAUGCGGAACCUGCGAGGAGUAAUAAGGCGAAUUUUCCGUCUGUACAGGCUCUUUGGACCAAGAUCUCUGAUGUGUAG